AACUGGUCUUUCAAAAAUGGUGUUUACAAAAGGCGGGUCACCUGAUGACUAGAAAUCACGGGGAUUUGAUUUUCUUCUUGUCGAUUGAGAGUUUCUGUGGCGCAGCGGUCCUAUAUAGAGUCUUUGGCGAUGGUGCGCAACAUGUCCCUGCCGUAGCCGCCUUCUCAUGCGGGGUCGCAGACGAUUGCUUUGUGGAUGUGUCUUUGGCGCAGAUCGUUGGUAUUGCAAGGGCUAAGAGGGCUGUGAUGAUGUGGAGAGAUAAUCGCAGUUUGUGGGGUGUGUUAGUGUGUAUGAGGAAGUAUUCUUAUAUCUACGAAACUAACGAUCUAUUCUGCCAUUCCGUAAAGAGAUCUGGUGAAUAUAGGGGAUUUAUUUAGUAAUAUUUAUUACGUUGGGGGUUAGUGGAGAAGAACAUCGAACGGUGUAAAAAGGAGUGUAGGAUUCGAAUUUAUGUAAGUGAAAAUCUAGCGCACAGGUCUUAUCUAGGUGAAGGGUGAAAGAAACUUCGCCAGCAUACUGUUCUUGCUCCCAGUGAUCUGAUAUAUCCAAUCCAGAGUAUGAAGUCCGGCCUCAACAUCUCUAUGAGAUCUUUAGCGCAAUGGGUACCUUCCGAGAUUCUUCCAUUUCCUUCUGGGUGGGCCUCUCAUCUUCGUUCUGACCCACAGAUAUGGGAGUUGUCUUUCCACCAUUGCUCCAAGUCAUAUAUACACUGCCUCCACCAUCAAGAUUCAAAAUCUGUUCGACGUCUUGUUCAAUAUCCACCCCGUCAAAAGCCAAAAAUCUUUCGAUGUUGGCCCGUAGCUGGUUGACAUCGACUCCUUCGAAUCUGUUGUCACAAGUACGCUCGUUUUCCUCUCCCGCAUGAUCAAGAGAUCCAGGAGGUUUUCGUGAGGUUGCCUGGUGCUGGAAACGUGGUGUUGUUCUGAGAUUUGGUAUUUGCUGGGUGAUGUCUGGACCGGCCAUCAAACUAGUGCCGUCCGUCCCUUGUAGACGCGCGUAGUCGUUUGUGUAAGCUGAUGGGAUUU